AUGUACAAAGAAGGUGUUUGUGGCUUACCCAGCAGAUUGGACAGUUUUGAUAAUCCAAAUAAGGGAGAUAAUUGUACCAUUCAUCAUGGGAGAGUGGAAGAGGUGGCCAGGCUCUCAAAGGCUGUGGCCAUGCUGGAUGUAAUAGGCAACUUCCCUGCAUUGCACCUGGGUCAACCAGUCUUUGAUGUUGCUGCAGCAGCUGUGAAUCGAAUGGAAGUCUUUCCUCUGUUUAGGAGAGUAAGCCGGGCAGACCAAGUCCCCACCCCAACAGCAGUUAGCUGCCAGCUGAGCAGCUGGUCAGAGUGGACAGAAUGUUUUCCAUGCCAGGACCAUAAGUACCGAUACCGGAGCCUCCUGCAGCCAAGCAAGUUUGGAGGAGCCAUCUGCAGUGGUGAUGUCUGGGAUCAAGCCAGCUGUCACAGUCCCACACCUUGUCUAAGGCAAGCACAGUGCGGACAGGAUUUCCAGUGUAAGGAGACAGGUCGCUGCCUGAAACGUCACCUUUUGUGUAAUGGAGACAGGGACUGUCUUGAUGGCUCUGAUGAGGAUGACUGUGAAGAUGUUAGGGUCAUUGACAAUGACUGCAGCCAGUAUGAUCCGAUUCCAGGAUCAGAAAGGGCAGCCUUGGGGUAUAAUGUCCUGACCCAAGAAGAAGCUCAGAGUGUAUAUGAUGCCAGAUAUUACGGGGGCCAGUGUGAGACAGUAUACAAUGGGGAAUGGAGGGAGCUUCGAUAUGAUCCCACCUGUGAGCGUCUGUAUUAUGGAGAUGAUGAGAAGUACUUUCGGAAACCCUACAACUUUCUUAUGUACCAUUUUGAAGCCUUGGCUGACACAGAAAUGUCCUCUGAGCUCUAUGAUGAUGCACAUAGCCUUCUUUCUGCUGUAAAAAACGAAGCGUCUGUGUCAGCGGGAGUGACCGUUGGCGUAGGCUUUAGACGCGUUCCAAUAAGAGUGGAAGUGGGUGUAUCUGGAUCAAAGGACUCCUCCUUCUUGAACAAGUUAAACAACUAUAACGAGAAGAAAUACAAUUUCAUGAGAAUUUCCACUAAAGUGCGGACUGCUCAUUUCAAGAUGAGGAGGGACAACAUUGUACUGGAUGAAGGAAUGCUGGACUCAUUAAUGGAGCUGCCUGAGCAGUACAAUUACGGCAUGUAUGCCAAGUUCAUCAAUGACUAUGGCACCCAUUAUGUCACAUCUGGAUCAAUGGGAGGCAUUUAUGAAUAUAUUUUGGUGCUUGAUAAAGAACAUAUGGAAUCAUCAGGCGUUACCAGCAAUGAAGUCGAGAAGUGCUUUGGUGGCUCCGUGGGCAUUGAUUAUGCAUUUAAGAAUACCAUAGGAAUUGGAGGAACUUUCUCAGGAGGAAGUUGUACUAAAUCUGGAACUGGCAAAACUGAAAACGACAUGAAGAAUAUGGGUGUGGAAGACAUCAUUUCUCGGGUCCGAGAUGGCAGUACUGGCUGGGGUGGUGGAUUGACAGAAAAGAGGAGCAUCAUUACAUACCGUUUCUGGGGGAGGUCAUUAAAGUAUAAUCCUAUUGUUAUCGAUUUUGAGAUGCAGCCCAUCUAUGAGUUGCUGCGACACACGAACCUGGCUUCUCUAAAGGCCAAAUCUCGGAACCUGCAACAGGCCUUGGACCAAUACCUGCUGGAGUUCAAUGCCUGCCGCUGUGGGCCCUGCUUCAACAAUGGGGAACCCAUCCUUGAUGGCACUAGAUGCAGGUGUCAGUGCCCCCUGGGUCGCUGGGGCCCUGCCUGUGAGCAAAUGGGCCAAGAGGGAGCCGAGGCAGAUGGUCGAUGGAGCUGCUGGAGCUCCUGGUCUGCUUGCAGAGCAGGCACCCGGGAAAGAAGGAGGGAGUGCAACAACCCUGCACCAAAGAAUGGAGGUGCCACAUGCCCAGGGCGGAAAGUGCAGACCCAGGCUUGCUGA